UAAAAAAAAUGAUGCUUCACACAAUGAAGAAGUUUCUAACCUAUCCAUUUACUCCGUUUCCAAUAUCUCUCUCUUCCAAUCUUGGCAGGGGAUCAACUUCGGUUCUAACAUUCAGCACCCACCCUGAUAGUGUUCUGGAUAAGACUCAACACCCGACUGAGAAAGCUACAGAGAAUGUGAUGUCUAAUUCGUUUGUGGAAGGGUAUGCUUCAAGGUCGGAUGAAAAAGGAUUUGAAGGGGCUAGUGAAGGAAAACAAUCCACAUCAAAAGUUGAGAUGGAUAAGUUCAUCCAUGAAAAUCACCCAGCUUAUGACAAGGCACAGAGAAAUGAGGUUAAGGAAAAAAACAAAACAAGGCACUAAACAUACGCCAACGCCAAGUUAUUGAUUUAUAUGAAGACUGAAGAGGUUUAAUAUGUAAAGGCAUUCGUGGUGAUAUUCUGGAAGGAAUGAUUUCAAGCAUGGCGUCAUUUCCAUCAUAUAAACUUUGGUAUAUCCAUACUGAUUCCUAUCAUGUAUACACAUCAUAUUCAUUACAUAAUUACAUAUUACUAUAGAUUGUUCUUGCA